CCUCUUCAUAUAUCACAGACUCUGGACUCGACUUUUCUACCGACACCAUGUCUUCUGAGGAGUUGUAUUUGUUGUAUCACGGACUUCUGGUUCCUAAAGAGACCCACUCGCUGGAGAGCUUAAAGUUUGCGCAGGACUUCACCUUUAAAGAUGAUGAUGUCGUUGCAGUCGUGUACCCAAAGUCAGGUCGGUGCAUGGUUUGUGCUACAGAAACUGUGUCUCUGUCAGAUAAUGUAUCAGAUAAUUGACUAUUUCUUUUCAGUCGAGAUGCAGAGAUGUGUUAUUCAUUUUGCGUUCCACUCCAUUAAUCGGAGAGUAGUGUAGAAAUGGGUGAAAUGUUAGGAGAUGUUGACUGUGAGAGAAAGUGUUGAAGGAUGUUCUCACUCAGUCUGACUCUGUCUUCCAGGCAAUACUACAGCUGGACCGAUGCAGGUUAUGGAUAUUUCUUUGAGGAGUUUAUAAUUACAAUACAGAUAUCUAAGUACAGAUCGCCUUUACGAUUGAAUCUGAGAGGUAACUUUGGGUUAAAGUGUACAUCAGUAUCAGUGUUUGAUGACAGUUAUAUAACAUAAAUGGGGCACAGAUAAGGACUAGUGAUAAAAAAGAGGAUGUAAGCAGCAGAACUCAGUGAUAUUUUAACGCGUUUAAAUUGGCUACCAGGUGGAAAUGUGAAGCCAAGAGAACUGAAAUCUCAACUCCAAUCUCAGAAAACACAUUUUCAUGCAGGUUUAAUGAGAGUCUGUCAAAAGAUCAGGGUGCAUGUCUCCCACCAUAAACUGAUUCCUGUUACCUGUGUGUAUCUAUACAUUAAAAUUAGCCUAAACAUGAACACAUAUUACACAUUAAAUAUCAUUUUCUGAUAGUUUAAGCUGCUGUGUGCAACUUUUGGUUUGUGUUGAUCAUGGCGCCCCCCUGUGUUUAAGAGAUGCCUUUUAUCUCUAUUUCUGUUCAUGUAAAAGCAGUUUUAGGGUUAGACAAAUUUGUCCUGUUAUCUUUAAGAGUGAAAUGUUUCACUCACUGUGCGUAUGUGCCUCAGAAAAAAGGUCAAAGUCUGAUUUUUUUUUUUUUUUUUUAUAGAUUUGAUGACAGUCAUCUGGUCGGACUCCCUCACAGCUGUUAAACCACUAAAAAUGACUGCAGUGUAAUGAUCAUCCUUCUUACUGAUAAGCUCUUGUUAAAGGGAUAUUCUGGCAUAAAAUUGAUUUAGGGUCAAACACACCGCAACACCGAGUCAGACGCCUCCUCUAGAGAUUAAUGUUGCCGACCGCUUGCUUCUCUAGUUAUACCAACUUUAGUAACAACUGCAGGACAGUAAUACACAGCGGUCUGAGGAGCCAUAAACAAACCUCAACCAAAAAGCCACUCUAUAGCCACAAAUAAUGCUCAGAACAGCACCUAACUUCAUCAACAGUACAUAUAGGGUCCCAGCCAUAGUACUAACCACCAAACAUCUUUUUAACUUUGCCUGAUUUCUAUAGAGACCAAACACAACUCACCUACUCUCUUCCAGCAGCCACUUGUUUGUAGCCAGACCUGGGGCCAGUCCAUUACGGACUGCUGUAGGGAAUUUCCUUGAAAUAAUAAUCAUCAUAGUCAUCAUUUUGCACUGCAGUAGCGGUAGUUCUUCUGCCUUAGCGUCCCGGUCUGAUUGCAUUUCCAUGAUUUCAGUCUGUUGGCCUGUGUCAUCUCUGAGUAUGUCAUUGUGUCUUGUCUUGUAUCAAAUCAAGAGUCAUAAUAGAGCUUCAUUUAACUUUGUUUAACGUGGAAACUACAGUGUCAGACUUAUUCACCAUUUUACACAACUCCGCAGGUACAGUCUGGAUGCAAGAGAUCCUCCCUCUGUUACUGAAUGGAGGUGAUCUGACUCCCAUUCAUACCAUUCCUAACUGGGACAGAGUCCCCUGGCUGGAGGAGAAAAGAAUUGAGUUGGUUGUUGAUAAGCUAGCUUCUCCUCGGGCGAUGGUCUCACAUCUUCCUUACCAGCUCAUGCCUCCCUCCAUCCACACCUCCAAAGCAAAGGUAAAUGGGUGUAGACAGACUCUGCCUUUAUUUAAAGAUACACAUCUACUUCAUGCAAACUUGACGUGAAGUGGUUUCUUUUGUCUCUUUGCUUUAGGUGAUCUAUGUGAUGAGGAAUCCCAAAGACGUCAUGGUGUCUUCGUACUUCUUUCAUCAGAUGGCUGGAUUCCUACCAGAUCCGGGAACAUUUGACGAGUUCAUGAACACUUUCUUGGAGGGCAAAGGUCGGAGGUUUCGUCUCAUAUAAAACAGUUAGUCUAAAUGUACAACCCCAAAGAAAGCAUCAAACUGAAAAAUCCUUUGCUGUAUGGAAAAAAAUAUAUAUAUACAUUAGUUUUAAAACAUGUCUCAAAGAGGUUGGGGCAGGCUUUGGGUUAUGAUGAGAAAUGAUGAAAAGGAGCAACAACAUCUUUCAGUUUCAACAUUUUGGAUGCUGUCUCUGCACUAUUUUCAAUCAGAUAUAGCAUUUUUAUGAUUUUCAACUUUUUAAUUUUGCUUUUAUUGACAGCUUUUAUUCACUCAGCACAUCAACAUUUUUAAAUUGAGGGUGGUAAAAAUGUAGGUGACUGGAUUACCAUAAGAAAUCUGCUGUUUCUAAUUUUUGUCCCCUUAACCUUAUUGAAUUGUCUCGCUCUUGUUCAAUGAAAUGAUCUCCUAUUUUCCACCCUGGACUUGUUGACUGAAGCCUUAUCUCCAGUGUGGAGCAGUGAUUGAAUUUAUUUGUGCUGUUGGUUAUCGUCUGCAGUGCUGUUUGGGAAAUGGACGGACCAUGUGAAGAGCUGGAAACAGACAGAGCUGGGUGACAGAAUAAUGCACAUGACAUAUGAAGAAAUGGUUCAGGUACAGCAUUCUAAAUACACUGUCAUAAAAAGGUAUGAUAUGGUGGUAGAUAAAGAAAAAUUCAUUACUAUUUUGACAACUGAGCAGGUGUUUUUACAAUAAAAAGAUAUCACAUUUGGCUCUAUCACUAUAGCCCAAACUAACCAAUAAAUGACCACUUAUUUAUGAUCUGGUCCAGCUCUCUGUCACCCUGUGAAAAUUGGUGAUCAAUAAUUGUGAGAGAGGAAGUGUUAGAUUUACUGCAGUCAUAUUUUGUAAUACUGCUACAACAAAUGCUACUACUACUACUACUACGAAUAAUAAUAAUAAUAAAUAAUAACAAUAAUUAUGACUAUAACUCUUUGUGUAGCACUUUCAAAAACAGAGGUUUACAAAGUGCUCUGACAAACAUAAGCUUCAGCACAAGGAAAUAAAAACAAAAAGCACAAAUCAAGGCCUCAGAAUUUGAAGGUCAUUUUCAAUGUCAUAAGGAACCCAGACAUUACAAGAACCAUGCAACAUAAAAUGAGACCAUGAGGACCAAAAUAAAGGCUAAAAACGUAAAAUCAGUAGGAAAUAAAAUGCAUCAAGGGGUUUGAAAGCAGAAAACAGGUGAACAACACUUUUUAGACUUUCCAAGCUCCUGCCAGAACAAAUAAAAAAGAAUUAAGUCCCACCAACUACUGGUGCCAAUUAAGUCCAAGCCCAUCCCAAUCCCUGUAGCAUCACAGUGAAGAGAAACUACCUGAAAAUAUGUCAGUUUCCAUCAUCAACUAGUGACACACAUGAUAUACACAGUUCAUGUAAAGUCACGGUUUAUAAUCCGGGCUUCACGUUGGGUUGAUUAAAAGUUCUUCAUUUAAGGUUGUUUAUCAUAUUUGAAGAAGACAAAAACCUGUUGCUUCAUAUAAAAUAAAACAUCUACUCUUGUUUUAGGACCUUCCUGCAGCUCUCAAGAGGAUGUCAGAUUUCCUUGGACGAGAUCUGAGAGAGGAAACCAUCCAGAAGAUAGCAGAGCACUGCUCCUUCAAGACCAUGAAGGACAACAGCAUGUCCAACUUCAGCCUGGUGCCCAAGAUGUACCUGGACCAUGACAAAUCUCAAUUCCUCAGGAAAGGUAAGAAUCUCUUCAUCUGUUAUCAGUUACUCUACUUUUUUACCAACCAACUUUGAGUUGAGUUACAGUCAAGUACAAAGAUCAGAACAUGGUCUGUAUUGAGGAGUAUGAUGGGAAAAUACAACUGCAAAUGAAAAAGGAAGAAUCAGGAUACUCAUGUCUUCAGUUUUUUGGUCAAUUGUUUUCAUGUAGUACAGCAACAAAGUAAUUGACAAAAUUACAAUAUGAUAAACCUGAAGAGAGAGGAAUUGUUGUCCUUCCACUUACAGUGUUUGACCAAAAUACGUGUUCAUGUAGGUGUCAUAGGAGACUGGAAAAAUCAUUUCAGCCCAGAACAGCGGGCCAGAUUCACAUCGGUCAUUCAGAAAGAGCUGGAGAACGAGAGCUUCACUCUACCCUGGAGUCUGGACUGAGCAACAUGCAGCUGUCUAGUGAUAAAGGUCUUCUAAACUUAAAAAAAACUCUUCGAUUUUCCAUGUUUCUAGUUGUUGUAUAACUACUAAUCACUGCAUUUAAAAGCAAUUAUGGCACCCUUUUUUUUCAUUUCUGUGAGUGCUGUCUAUCAAGAAUAACUACAAGUGAACUGAUCUGAAUCAUUCUCACCUCAUUGUGUCUAAAACAUAAAGGUAAAUAGCAGCUUGACACCCUGGUAGACACCUCAUAUGCUACAGCCAAAGAUCAAAGAAGAAAGACAGAAAGUUAGUUUUUAGAAUCAUGCAAGGAUGUUUCAUGUCUCCUGUAAGAUAUUUCUCUUGUCCCCUCUCUCCCUCUCUUCAUGCAUCUCUCCAUGAAUUACUAGUUUGAAGGACCAGGACGCAGGGAAAAGACACAAGCGAGGGAUGCACAGAUGAAACUUUAGGGAGUUGUUCUUGUCGUUAAAGUUAUCCAAGCCCUCAGUCGUUGUCUUUUUCUGAAGUGUGUGGUACUCAUUAUGUGGAUGCUAUCACCACCUUUAGCCAACAAUGCGGGAACAUUACCUCAAUUACAAAUACAGACCAGCAGCUGUUUUCUGUGUUUUGUCGUCACUCUGAGUCAGUAUACGUUACCUCGGCGGCCUGUUGUGAAACAAAGGUCGUCUCUGUUACUCGCUGCUCAGCCUGCACCGUCUGGACAAUCAGCUGAUAUUCAGUUUCAAAGUUGGCAAGGUUUUGUGGCUGUAUCCAGCAGCCUGAUCCGUCUCUCCACAUCACUGCCAUUUAUAUUCUUUUGUGAGUUUGGAUUUACUGUAACAGCAGCUGCAGAGUGGAUCCACCAACAAAUUUUAGUUUAUUUAUUCACAGACAUGCUCGGACGAGUCAUGCACACUGCCCACAUUGAAUGAAGCAGCUCAACGAUUAUGUGAGUGGCAGAUUUCAAGUUCAAGACAAAGUAGUUUUAAUCAGAAGUUAAACAUGUUGAAUGCAGUCUUUUUCAGUUGAACAAGUGAGCACAAAGCUGUUUGCUAAAGUAACAGAAGUGAAUUGGUUGUUUGCAGAUAUUAAAAUGUUUUGUUUGUUUUCUACAUAAAACAAGAGAAAAACAAUGGAGGAGCUUUACUUUCAAAAUAUAGGGUAUAUGCUAUUCAGAGUUUUUGAAAAUGACAUAUAGUAUAUAGUGGAUAGACAUAUAGUGGAUAUAAAAAGUCUACACACCCCUGUUCAACUGCCAGGUUUUAGUGAUGUAAGAAAAUGACAGCAAGAUGAAUAUUUUCCUUUUUCCACCUUUAAUGUGACCUAUAACCUGUACAAUGCAAUUGAAAAACAAACUGAAACCUUUAAGGGGAAAAAUAAAAAAUAGAAAAGUUAAAAUAACCUGGUUGCCGAAGGAUUUGUGCCAACACUGACUGGUAUUUGGAACUGUUCAUAAUUCCCUCCACCCUGACUAAGGUGAAGCUGAAGAAAAACAGCCCCAAAGCAUGAUGCUGCCACGACCAUGCUUCACUGUGGGUAUGGUGUUCUUUUGGCGAUGAGCAGUGUUGAUUUUGUGCCAAAUAUACCUUUUGCAAUGAUGCCCCAAGAGUUCAACUUUGUGUUAUCACACCAUAGCACAUUUUCCCACACGUGUUUGGGAGAUUUCAGAUGUCUUUUUGCAAAAUCAAGCCGGGCUUUGAUGUUUUUCUUUGUAAGAUAAGGCUUCCGUCUUGUCAGCCUACCCCACAGCCCAGACAUAUGAAGACAGCAGGAGAUUGUUGUCACAUGUACUACACAGCCAGUACUUGCCGGAAAAUUCCUGCAGCUCCUUCAGUGUUGCUGUGUGGCAGCCUCCCUGACCAGUUUUCUUCAUGUCUUAUCAUCAAUUUUGGACAGACAUCCUGUUCUUGGUAAUGUCACCGUUGUUCCAUAUUUUCUCCCCUUAAUGAUGACGGGCUUCACUUUGUUCCAUGGUAUAUUUAAUUCCUUGGAAAUUCUUUUGUAACCCUCACCUGACUGACAUCUUUGAAUAAUGAGAUCCCUCUGAUGCUUUGGAAGCUCUCUGCAGAUCAUGGCUUGUCCUGGAAGAUGUGGCUACAAAAAUGUCAGGAAAAGCUACUAGAACAGCUGAACUUAAUUUGGGGUUGAUCAGAGGCACUUUAAUUGGUGACAGGUGUGUGCUGACUCCAAUUUAACCUGAGUUUGAAUGUUACAGCCACAUCCCCAGUUAUUAAAGGGUGUGCACACUUAUGCAACCACAUGAUCUCAGUUGUUUAUUUUUACUACACCUCCCUAAAAGAUUUCUGUUUGUUUUUCAGUUGUGUUGUACAGGUUAUAGGUCACAUUAAAGGUGGAAGAAGUUGUGAACUUAUUUAUCUUGAUUUCAUUUUUUUACAUGACAAAAAUCUGGCAGUUGAACAGGGGUGUGUAGACUUUUUAUAUCCACUGUAACAUGUUUUAUGGUUGAUUAGGUGUCCUUCGCUGAGUCCUCCUAAGUUUUCUUACAGUCUAUACUAGGCAGAGACUGCAUAUCUUUAUGGAGAGAUGUUUCCAUACCUUCUUAACAAGAAAAAAAAGCAUACCAGAAGACAAAAUCAGACGUGUCCUGAUGUGUCUCCAACAUGCCGACAAUGGUAGCAGCAGAGGAUGAGGAGGCCUGAAGGAAUUUCCAGUCUGCAGUCUCUGACAGGGCUGGAUGAAUUAAUACACACCCAGAGACACUCAUUUACACACUCAGAUCCGGAAAUUCUCUAUCCAAGCCUGAUUCACCCAGUCAACAGUAGCUGUAAAUUAUAAAAGGUGUGAUUUCACAGACACUGAAGUAAAAAAUGUUGUAACUGGCAAUGACCAGUAGGUGACAGCAGAGAUCAGUAUUGUUGAGAAGCUGUUCCCUCUUGUCUUCCAAAAUACAAACACAGCUUUGUUUAAAAUGGUCAGGGUCGCUGCGGAUUUGUUUGAUAUAAUAUGAUGGACUCACAAAGGUGAUCAUAGUAGAAACUCUUCAGUUAAAGAGAACCCCUGUGUGUUUAUUAGACCUGUGCACAGGGCUGGUAAAAAAAAAAAAAAAUCUGUUUUCUGAAAUAGAGGGGUAAGCGUGCACAGUUUAAAAGCAACAAACGGUGAACCAUAAGGUCUGUUUUAAGGGAAUGGGUCUAAACCAUCGAAUUUCUUUAAAUAAAAUUAGUCCUACCAGAAAUUAACAAAAUUUGGAUCCUGUCAUGAUUUCAAUUCUGACUUUGUCUGUGUGAAAUUAAGAUAAAAGAAAGAGGACUUCAAUAGAUCUUUGUCUCAACUGUACAUGCUUUCAUCAUGUUAUCUCACAUUCCUACCUCUAAUCUUAACGUGAAAUUUUUUAUUUAUAGUCAAUGAAAAAAAAAAAAAAACAUCAGCAAAUACUCUUUAAGAUGAUUAAAUUCAAACUCUUUUUACAUUUUUGUCACAAGGUGAAAUUGGACUUCUUAACUUAUAUUAAAUCUUAAGAAAAAAUGUAAUUAGAAUUUAACUGUUAGAUAUAAUUCCAAUAAAUGGCAACGGCAAUCUUAAUGUAUAAAUCACGCUGCAUGUUUGGUUGAGGACAGUGUGUCUGCACUGAGGGUAAAAACAUAGAAUCACAUGAAAAUACAACAACUCAGCAACACACCGCUUAGCAACGAAACGUAUAACCUGUUAACAAACACUCACUGUGUGACAGUAAAUAACAGUUUAUGUAUAUAACUACCUUUAUUUACAACAACUCCUCCACAUAUUAUAACUGCAGACAUCAUCCUCUCACCUGACAUGUUCCUCUACACACCAUUAUUUCAUAUUUCAUGUCAAUAUUGUAUUUAAAAAGUAUAUCUACCUCAUGUACUCAGGUAGGUUUAUCUACCUCGUCUCAAUUUUGCCAGAAAACAAAUUGAUGAUCCCCAAGAGUUUUGGGAAAAUACUCUGUGGUCUGACAAGACAAAAGUUGAUCUUUUUGGAAGGUGUGUGCCCCAUUACAUCUGGCGUCAAAGUAAUGCUGUAUUUCAGGAAAAGAACAUACUAACAGUAAAAUAUGGUGGUGGUGGUGUGAUGGUCUGGGGCUGUUUUGCCGCUCCAUCUGUUCGUGACCUCAAGCUGAAAUGAACUUGGGUUCUGCAGCAGGACAAUGAUCCAACUCAAACCAGCAAGUCCACCCCUGAAUGGCUGAAGAAAAACUAAAUGAAGACUUUGGAGCGGCCUCAUCAAAGUCCUGACCAGAAUUCUAUUGAGAUGCGGUGGCAUGACCUUAAAAAGGCGGCUCAUGCUCAAAAACCCUCACAUGUGGCUGAAUUACAACAAUUCUGCAAAGAUGAGGCAGACAAAAUUCCUCCACAGCGCUGAAAGAGACUCGUUGCAAGUUAUUGCCCAACCAGUUUCUAGGUUUAAGGGGCAAUCACUUUUUCACACUGGGCCAUGUAGGUUUGGAUAUUUUUUUCCCCCUUAAUAAUAAAAACCUUUUUUUUGAAAAA